CCUCAUACCACGACGCAUGUGAGAUAACCGAGCAUUUUGCGGAUGCGCGGAUCAGUCGUCGAAUGAAUCGUCUAGUGGACGAAUCGUCUGCCCGAUACGAUUCCGGUUUUACAACGAUUGGCGGAGCGACAUUAACGUUCGAACAUUUAAAUCUGACAUUAACCAGAUAAGAUAAUAACGUGCGAUUUUUUCGAAAUACGUAAGAAAAUGGCAGACGAAAAAGAAGUUUUCUCGAUCAAAGAAGUGCAAGAUUAUUUACAAACUUACGUAUUAAAAAACACUGAACUGACGUCUCCUAAAUUCCACAUAACAAAAGGUAGCGAAGAAGGCGACAACUAUAUCGGCAUUGUGUAUCGCGUCACGAUCGAGGGUGUUGAAAACGGUAAAACCAAGAAAAUCGAGCUUUUCGUAAAGACCAGACGGAACAUGAACGAAUGGGGAGACAUAAAGGACAAAUCGUCGCGUCUGUUCGAACGUGAAAUACAAUUUUAUCAAGAGAUAUUGUCUAUUUUUCAAGAAACCGUAAAAAAACACGGUGGAAAUAUCGUCCGUUUUCCGUUUUUUUACGGCGCCAGUGUCGAACUCGAUAAACAGUUGUUGAUAUUCGAAAAUCUCCAAUGCAAAGGAUUUGUAAUGACAAAAUCGAGGAUACUGGAUUAUCAGCACAUGUCCUUGGCGCUCCGAUGUUUGGGCGAAUUUCACGCGUACAGUUUUCUCACGCGUGCUUCGAAUCCGAUCGGUUUUGAAAAAUUAAAAUUGACGGAACAUUUGUACGAAGAAGGAGACUCGUGGUUGUUCAACGAGCAAAUAAAAUCGUAUUUCGAUGCGAUCAGUGAUAUUGUACUAAAGGCAUUAGCGGACGAGGACAAACAUUAUGUCAAAAGAUAUCAACAGUUUAUCGACAAUCUGGAUGAAGCAAUGUUUUACACGAUUGACGCGAAACAGGCUGAACCUUACGCCGUUGUAAUACACGGCGACUUUUGGACCAACAAUAUGUUAUUUAAGUACGAUAAGAAUAAAAUGCCGUGCGACGUGCGAUUUUUAGAUUUUCAAAUAAGUCGUUACGCAUCGCCCGCUAUAGAUAUACUUCAUAUUCUUUUCAUGUGUUGUGAGUCGGAAGUAAGAAAAAGAUAUUGCGAUCAACUGAUACGCGAUUAUUACGAUUCGCUGUCCAAGUACCUGAAAGGUUUUGGUUACGAUCCCGACACUCUGUUUCCUUAUGACGUACUGUCUCAACACUUGAAGAAAUUCGGCAAAUAUGCUGCGGGUACAAGUACCUUUAUGAUACCGAUAUUAUUCAAUGACGGAGAGGACAGAUCUGUAGAAAACUUAUUCUCGCCAGAAGCACUCGAAGAAAAAUUAAAAACCAACAGUACUUUUAGAAAUCAUAUAAAAGCUUCGUUUAAAGAUAUAAUUGACAGAAAUUAUAUAACAAUAUUGCCCAUUUUUGAAGAGAUCGCAAAAAAACACGGCAAAACUGUCGCUUGCUGUCCGUCGUUUUGCGAUGUCAGUGCAGAAGUCGGAAGCGAGCCGAAUAAGAUAUUAACGUGCGACUUUCGCGAAAUACGAAAAAAAAUGGGUGACGGAAAAGAAGUUCUCUCGAUCGAAGAAGUGCAAAAUCAUUUGCGAACUUACGUGUUAAAAGACACUAAAUUAACGUCUCCUAAAUUCUACAUAACGAAAGGUAGCAACGAAGGCGAUAAUUACGCUGGCAUUGUGUAUCGCGUCACGAUCGAGGGUGUCGAAAACGGUGAAACCAAGAAAAUCAAGCUUUUCGUAAAAACUAGAAGAAUUACGACCGAAUGGGGAGAUUUAAAGGACAAAAUGUCGCGUGUGUUCAAUCGUGAAAUAGAAUUUUAUCAAGAGAUAAUACCUAUUUUCGAAGAAACCGUAAAAAAACACGGCAGAAGUAUCGUCAGUUUUCCGUUUUUUUAUGGCGCGAGUAUUGAAUUCGACAAAGAGUUGUUGGUAUUCGAAGAUCUACAACCCAAAGGAUUUGUAAUGACAAAAUCGAGAAUACUGGAUUAUCCGCAUCUCUCUGUGGCGCUCCGAAGGUUGGGCGAAUUUCACGCGUACAGUUUCCUCACGCGUGCUUCGAAUCCGAUCGGUUUUGAAAAAUUAAAACUAAAAGAACAUUUAGUCGACCAAGAAGACAACUCGUGGUUGUUUAACGAUCAAUUAGAAUCGUAUUUCAAAGCGAUGCGUGAUAUUGUAAUAAAGGCAUUAGCGGACGAGGAUAAACAUUAUGCCGAAAGAUAUCAACAUUUCGCUGACAAUCUGAAUGAAAUAAUGGUGUACACGCUUGACCCAAAACAAGCUGAACCUUACGCCGUUGUAAUACACGGCGACUUUUGGACCAACAAUAUGCUUUUCAAGUAUGACAAGGAUGGAAAGCCGUGCGACGUGCGACUUUUAGAUUUUCAAAUAGCUCGUUACGCAUCGCCCGCUAUAGAUAUACUUCACAUUCUUUUCACCUGUUGUGAGCCGAAAACAAGAAAAAAAUAUUAUGAUCAACUGAUACGCGAUUAUUACGAUUCGCUGUCCGAGUAUCUAAAAAGUUUCGGUUAUGAUCCCGACAAUCUGUUUCCUUACGACGUACUGUCUCAACACUUGAAGAAGUUCAGCAAAUAUGGUGCUGGUAUAGGUACCUUUAUGAUACCGGUAUUAUUCAAUGACGGAGAGGACAAAUCCGUACAAAACUUAUUCUCCCCAGAAUCACUCGAGGAAAGAUUAAAAACCAACAGUACUUUUAGAAAUCAUAUAAAAGAUUCGUUUAAAGAUAUGGUCGACCGAAAUUAUUUGUAAAGUAUUUUCUAAUUGCACAUUAUAUAAUGUAAAAGAAAAUAUGUAUCAUCAAUAAUUUGGAGCAUUAUAUUUCCGACUUAUCUCUUAUGAUCGAGCCAUUAAAAGAAAAAACAAAAUCAGUCCUGCGCCCGAAAUUACUGAAGGUUUUACUGUUUAUAUUGUAUUUUAUAUUGUAUUUUGUGUGUACAUAUUACGUACAUGUUAUACAUUAUAAAUAAA